AUGGCUAUAGGUUUUGCAUAAGGUUAUUUCGGAAUAUAAGUAAAUUCCCAAACUGAAAGAAGAAUCUUGUUUUCGGUCUGGAGUAAUUAAUAAAGUGAUAAUCCAAAUGAAAUUAUGCCUGAUAAUAAGGUAAUUUGUUUGUAAAAAGGAAAUGAUGUUGUAGUUAAAGAAUUCGGAGGAGAAGGGUCUGGUGGCUAAAGUUAUAUGAUUUAUCCUUGGAAAGUUGAUGUUACUUAUAAAUUCUGGUUAAGGGCUUAACCUUAGGCAGAUAAUAAAACUAAUUUUACUGCUUAUUUCUAUGAUCCUGAUACUUUGAAAUGGCUUUUAAUUGCUUCUUUCUAAAGAAAUUAUACUAAUACUUAUAUUAAAAGACCUCAUUCCUUUUUAGAAAAUUUCAGUCCUGAAUAUGGACAUUUGAAGAGAAAAGUCUACUUUGGUAAUUAAUGGGCUAUCCCAAAAAGUUAACCUGGAAAAGGAGCGAUACCUAUGAAAUCUAAAUUAGCAACAUUUACUAUGGAUGGUACUGCUAAUAAAUAAAUGAGAUUGGAUUAUAAUGGUGGGAAUGAAGGUAAAUAUUUAUUUUUAGAAAAUUGCGGAUUUAGUGUUGAUGGAAGGAAACUUAUUAAACCUUAUAAUAAAUUUAAUGAUUAAUACUUUAAUAAUGAAAAUAUUAUACCUGAUUAGGAUGUCUAAAAUUUAACUAAUAAUAAAAAAUUAAGAAAUUUAAUAGAAUGACGAUAUUUAUUUAUUUCUUAUUUUUAUUAAUUUAAUUUAUUUAAGUUUUUAUAUUUUCUAUCGAAUAUAAAAAAUGAAUUUAAAUUUUU